AAGACUCACGUGGGCGCUGCGUUGUCCAAGCGACGGAUCACGUGACGUAUGACAUGGCAUUUGUUGAUACGAUGCCCGAAAGAGGGAAUCUUGACGCCCGGGCAGAAACGUGGAUUGCUUGCUUGCCACGGAAUUUAGGAAGACAGCGGAGGGUGAGACACAUAAAUACGGUCAUCUUGCCCGUCUUCUAAUGCUCCUACAGCUAUAUCACCAUAGAAUUAUCAAGUGUUGUCAAUAAACACUGCUAAACCUCCGUGUCAACAAAUACUAUAAACUAGUUAUUGCUCUAAACUCCUAUUUAUAAAAGCUCAGCUCUAGGUCCAAACCACCAAACAACCGUAUACAAAGCCACCAUUACAGCUUCCAUAGUCCACGAUAUUACUGAUGACCCCAUAACCUGAUCUCGUCAUAUUCAGGGUAACCCUCAGUGAACUCAUCUAGCAGCUAUGAUUCACAGUGCUUCACGAUCCAAAAAUGGGACCCGGAAGGUGUCCCCUCCAGGACCAAGCUACAUGAACGAGGAACAGAUUGCAACAUACCUAAAGGACCUGCGUACAAAUAGACCCCCCCGCCCUAAUGGAUCUCGACCAUUGCCUACAAAGAAUGACUCGUUGAGCCAAAGACUCAGGAGUGAUAUACCACCCCGUGCAUCGUCAGCACUUUCUAUGAACGCGAACUCAGAAAGCCAUCUUCUUUCCUCCAUCGAGCCCUAUCAGCGCUCAAGAAGUGCUCUAUCGCACCACAGAACAACCUCAGGACUUUCCCAUGGAAGUGGAUCCACUGGGCAGUCGUCAGAAGAAGAUCUAGAACAAGCAUAUGAUUUAUCAAGAAGCCUUUCUCCAACCGCGAGUAUUAGGUCGACGACGGGAACAUACAAAGUACGGAGCCAGAGAUGGAUAGAACAAGAGGAAGCACGGUCGUUACGGCAAGCUUUAGAAGAAAUGGAUUUUCUAGAUGAGGAAAAGCGAUUGCAUGCUGCAGCCCAGGAGGAGGCUACACAAUUGGUACUGAGCCACCAGACCUCUGGCUUUCCGAAGCUUAAUCCACAUGCUGCCUACCGGAACCCCGACCUUAAUGGCACCCAUCGAUUCCGUCAACAUUUGAAGAAGGGGCCUCAUGGAAGUGUUUCUUCGUCAGGAGGUUACAGAUCUGCAUCAGAUAGUUCAUCGAAUGGGAGUCGUACAGGCAGGGAAAGCCCUGAAUUCCAAAGGCGAGGAGAUCCCACAGGAACCCAUGUUCCACCGAAAAUCGUUGAGGUUCCUGAGGAUAAUGAAACUAUCUUUAUCACGAAAAAUGGAACCCUGCGACAAAAGCCUAACGUUAACUUUGCAGUGGCCCGGGAGGAUUCCAAUUCCCCCAAGACAGUUGCACGGAGGAAAGUCAGUCCGCGGACGAGAAUUGCCAGCAACGAUUCAGCGAAGGGCAUCUUCCGAAAUCCAGAGGAUCAAAUAUAUGAGGAACCACAGGAGGACGGAGCUCUAAAUAACGCUGAGACCACACACUCCGCACUGCCAAGCUCAGCUUUGAAAGUUAAGCCUCGAAAUUCAUUGCCUCGAGGUGCCCGGCCUUUUCCUAGGAAAUUAGUUCCGGAAGAGAAGAAAUCUGUGUUAGACAUUCAUAGGAAUCCGCCGUCGCAAUCGAGGAACCCUCUUUAUACAGAAAAUCCAUCUCCCUCCCCCUCUGCCACUAGUGGCACAAAUGGUGAGGAUACUAAAGAUGGUAAAGAAAUCCGCAGCGACGACAUUCGUGCAGCCACGAGCAUGCGACGCAAGGAUCGCAGUACCAAGCUACCUAUGCCCACUGCUGUUAGCGAUCGUCCUGGCCGCCCAAUCGUGAGCUUCGACCCGUCUUGGAGAGAUAAAUCGCAGAGCAAUUCUCCCAGAGAUUCUCCACGAAAUAGUCUUAGGGGAUCUAUAAAGGAGCCAACCGUGGAGGUUACACCCCCUGCCGUGGGUGCGGUACCUACUAUCAACCUUCCGGACGAGCCCUCGGUUCCAGCCAUCAAUAUUUGUGGAGACGAUUCAGCAGCACCCACUGUCUCGUCCUCCGCACCACCGACAAUUUCUGAGAUGAAGGCUGCGGAGCAAAAGCCCCGACCACUACCAAACCCGGAAAUCAGCCAAAAUAGAAAGCAGAACUCCAUAAACUCGAGAGGUUCGUCUACUAACCGCUGGUACACACCUUAUACCCGAACUGGCGUUCCGACCGCAUCGUGCACAGCUUGUGGGCUAUCCAUAGCCGGCCGCAUAGUAACAGCCUGCGAAUCCCGUUUCCACCCCGAAUGCUUCACGUGCUAUCACUGCCAGACCCCACUUGAAUGUGUCGCUUUCUACCAGGAACCCGAAGAUAAACGAGCAGAAAGGUUAGCGGACGCUGAAUCUAACGACGAAGGAGCCAAUGACAAACGAUUUUACUGUCAUCUAGAUUUCCACGAGCUUUUCAGCCCAAGGUGCAAGAGCUGCAAGACGCCUAUAGAAGGCGAAGUUGUCGUCGCGUGCGGGGCGGAGUGGCAUGUCGGUCACUUCUUCUGCGCUGAAUGCGGUGACCCCUUCACGCCGACUACCCCUUUCGUGGAGAAAGCUGGGUACGCGUGGUGCGUCGGUUGUCAUUCUAAACGUACCGCCUCCCGCUGUCAGGGGUGCAAGCAGCCGGUGCUCGACGAUGUUGUGGUUACCGCUCUCGGUGGCCAAUGGCAUGAGAAGUGCUUUGUGUGCAGCGAGUGCAGUGGCAGUUUCGGUUCUGAAGGGCGCUUUUUUGUCAGGGAAGCGGAACAGAGAUUCACGAGAAAGGGACGUCCGAUUAUUGGCCCUAUUGAAACCGCUGUUUGCGAAGCUUGCGAGGGACGAAGGCUGAAAGCUUGAUUAAUUUUUGGGAUAUUUGGGUUCAAUAUAUCUCUUCAACUUCUAUUGCGGAAUACAAAAACUUUGGCUCAAAAGGUCAUGGUGGCCCUGUGUACGGCAUUUUUUGGACAUUGAUCGCCCUGUUUUGCUACCGAAGCCGUGCACCAUGUGGAACAGUAUUGCUAUUAAACAAUAUGGUUUCGAGUUUGCCCCGAAUCGAUACGGAUUGUCAGUAGCUCUCUUCGGACGAAUUUGAUGAAGUAGUAUUGCGUUUAUUGUGAGCGUUGCUUUUGGGUAUUUUCGGUUUUCUCAAUUUUUAUCGUCUGCAUUAUGGUUCCCCUUCAGGGGCUCCCGUGCUUAUCAUUAUUCUUGCUUGCCGUUUUGUGAACCUGAACUCAUUUUGGGGUAUGGAAGCAUAAUAGAGUAGGUUGUGUCUGCGAGUGGGGAUUUUAAUUUUGAUUGAAAUAGUUUUGGGAGCUUUGUCGGAGUUUUAUGCUAUUUAUUUAACAUCGCUAGCUCUUGUGUAUUUGCUCGUUCUCCUGAGAGUUUGUAUUUGAAAAUUCGAUUUCUAAUACGUUUGUCCUUGACGUUGCUUAUUUCGACGGGAUUGAAUUGUUAGGAGGGGCUGUCGUUUCGAGUACUGCGGUUGCAGCCAUCCAAACCCCGAGGUGCUUUGGGAGGAGAGCCGGUCCAUGCUGGCGGAUGACCGGUGACAAACUCGGAGUAGUGAUUUGACUUGUAAAAUUCGAAGAUUGCUUUCCACGUUUCGGAAUGGCCCCUUAGAACAACGCAUCUUCAAAUUUCAAAUGUAUAUAUAACGGCUAGUGAGGAGCUUGAUCUGAUCUGUUCAUGGCCACUGUGGAUCUUCCUUUCGCCUCCAUACUGCGACGAACUUCUUUCCCUUAUUUCUUGUGACCUUCUUCCCCUCCUCCGUCUCCUCCAUCAUAACCUUAACACACGGGUCCCGCUCCAGCUCCUCAUCCCCAACCCGCUCAAACAGCUCCUUUACAGUAUUUAUCCCCCCUUCUUCUCCCGCCUCCUCCUCACCACCCCCAACAUCAAAAUGGCUAACCAUCCACCGAUGCAACUCCUCCACAUCAGUGAUGGUGUACAACUUCCCACCAGGCCGGAGAACAUAUGCAUACUCCGCGUUUAACGAUGACGAUACAAUGCGCGCCUUGUGCUUGCGGGUUUUGAAAUGUGGAUCUGGGAAGCAGAUGAAAAUGGAAGAGAGCUGGCGGUGGGCGAAGAAGUUCGGGAGGAAUUUCAUGGUGUUCGUGCGGAUAGCGGAGAUAUUUUGGUAGCUGGCUUGCGACGACUGUGAGAACGAGGAGGGGGCUGGCGAUAGUGACUGCGAUUGGGACUGCGAUGGUGAAACAGCAGAAGCAGCUGUUGGUGGAGGUGUGGAUGGUGAGUUAGGGCUGGGAAGGGGAGGUGCGGGUCGUUGUGCACGGAGAGCGCGAAUGCGAUCCGUCACAUAGUCGAGGACUUGAGACCGGAGCUCCAUACCUGUGUUACCACGGUUAGGUCUACAUGUUUGCCAAACCUGUUUCCUGUUUCCAUUGGGAAACGAGCUACUUACCAACCAUCAGCGUAUCUGGCAUUAAGGGCGCUAGGGCGACUAAUAAUCCCCCAAACCCGCAUCCAAUAUCCGCUAUCUCCACAUUUUUUGUUAAGCACCGUGCACCACUCAGGUUUACAUUGUCCGGAUUUGGGUCUACAAACGCAGGGUAAUGCGUCGACCAAUCCAUAUGUGCUGGGCUGAUUGGGCUAGACAGAAAGAUCAGACAAGUCAGCUUCCUGCCGUAUUUCUGCAGUUUGUAAUUCGGAGAAGUUUGGUAGACUACUUACUAUGAUAAUCUAUGAUCUGAGAACGGGUUCGCAUGGGCGCGCUGCCGAUAUAGCCUUUUCUUAGGGAGGUGGACUUCGCCGCUCUGAAUCUGUUGCUCUUGAGUUUUGCGGUACUCGCUGCGCCUCUGGCGCUUAGUAGGUGGAGUAGAUGUCAUUCCCAGUCUUAUUUCUGUGUUUUAUCUGGGUGUUUCUGUAUAUUCCGAAAGGGCUUUUGUUCCCCGCAAACACGCAACAAGGCUGCGGCGGGGCGGAGAAAGAGUAUUUUUCUUUUCUUUUUUUGGAUGAAAAGCACCUGCCGCUAAUCGUCGCAUAAAUUGGAUAAUUAUAUCACCUUGAAAAUAUGUAUGUAGCUUCUGAGAUAUAUUAGAAUCGCGGCAAAUCAAACCAAUUGGUCCAGGCCAUUGCAUCCAGCCCGACUAUAGUUUCUCAUCGGUGUUUAUUCUUGUGCGCUGAGUUUUGAAGUUCUUCUGUCCGAAUCUGGGCAUCACGUGGUG